AUGUCUUUCGUACUAAAGGGUGUAGCAUAUAUCACGGGUGCUGGAUCUGGUAUCGGCCAGUACACUGCAUAUGCUCUUGCAAAGCAAGGCGUGCGCUCAUUCGCCUUGCUGGAUCGCAAUCCCAUCACCAAGACCGUCAGCGAACUGAAUAAGAUCUCACCAGAUGUCUCUGUCAAAACGUUCGAAAUCGACGUCACUGAUGAGAAAGCCGUUGAUGACAGUAUAGAGAAAACGGUAAAGGAAUUUGGACGGCUGGAUUACGCGGUCAACAAUGCUGGCAUAGGUGGAAUGAUCAAAACGACAGAUCAAAUACCUAAAGACGACUUCGAGAAAGUCAUGGCUGUCAAUACCAUCGCCGUAUGGCAAUGUCAGCGUGCGCAGAUCCGCCAGAUGCUCAAGCAAGAGAAGCUUUCGGACUCCUAUCGAUCAUACCGGGGCUCUAUCGUCAACGUCGCAUCGAUGUACGGCCUGGUUGCACCGCCACUCAAUGUGCCUGCCACCGCAUAUGCUACGUCCAAGCAUGCUGUCAUUGGCCUCACGAAGUCAGAUGCACUCGCUUUCGCACACAAGGGUAUCAGAAUCAACGCGAUCUCCCCAGGUUAUGUGAUGACACCCCUAGUGAAGGAGCACAUGAGUCAGGGCGACAUGAUGGAAACAGAGAGGAAAAAAGUCCCUGUUCACCGCUACUCGGAGAUGGAGGAAAUCGGCGACUGUAUUGCAUUCCUACAUUCCCAAGCGGCAAGUUACAUGAUUGGCGCCACAUUAGUCGCGGACGGAGGAUACACAAUCGUCUAG